CUCCCGGCCCUGCCGCCCGACCCCUCUUCCCGAUCUCGCCUCCUCGGGCAGCACUCGGGUCGGCCGGGCCUGCGCAGGCCCCCACCCCCGGGAGCACCAUGUUCCCCCGCCCGCUGACCCCGCUGGCGGCCCCAAAUGGCGCCGAGCCCCUGGGCCGGGGGCUGAGGCGGGCCCCGCUGGGCAGGGCCCGGGCCGGGGCGGGGGCGCCGCCCCUGCUGCUGCCGUCCAUGCUGAUGUUCGCGGUGAUCGUGGCCUCCAGCGGGCUGCUGCUCAUGAUCGAACGGGGCAUCCUGGCCGAGAUGAAGCCCCUUCCCCUGCACCCUCCCCGCCGCGAGGGCGCCGCCUGGCGCGGGAGCGUCCCCAAGCCUGAGGGGCUGUCCCUGGGUGCUGAGGACUCGGACUUGCAAGUGCGACAGGACGUCCGGAACCGGACCUUGCGGGCGGUGUGCGGGCAACCGGGCAUGCCCCGGGACCCCUGGGACCUGCCUGUGGGGCAGCGGCGCACCCUGCUGCGCCACAUCCUCGUGAGUGACCGCUACCGCUUCCUCUACUGCUACGUCCCCAAGGUGGCCUGCUCCAACUGGAAGCGGGUGCUCAAGGUGCUGGCGGGGGUCCUGGACAGCGUGGACGUCCGCCUCAAGAUGGACCACCGCAGCGACCUGGUGUUCCUGGGCGACCUGCGGCCCGAGGAGAUUCGCUACCGCCUGCAGCACUACUUCAAGUUCCUGUUCGUGCGCGACCCCUUGGAGCGGCUCCUCUCUGCCUACCGCAACAAGUUCGGAGAGAUCCGCGAGUACCAGCAGCGCUAUGGCUCCGAGAUCGUGAGGCGAUACAGGGCUGGAGCCGGGCCCAGUCCGGCCGGCGACGACGUCACCUUCUCCGAGUUCCUGAGAUACCUGGUGGACGAGGACCCGCAGCGCAUGAAUGAGCACUGGAUGCCCGUGUACCACCUGUGCCAGCCUUGUGCCGUCCGCUACGACUUUGUAGGCUCCUAUGAGAGGCUGGAGGCCGACGCCAAUCGGGUACUGGAGUGGGUGCAGGCGCCACCGCAGGUCCGCUUCCCAGCCCGCCAGGCCUGGUACAGGCCCGCCAGCCCUGAAAGCCUGCACUAUCACCUGUGCAGUGUCCCCCGGGCCCUGCUGCAGGAUGUGCUGCCGAAAUAUAUACUGGACUUCUCUCUCUUUGCCUACCCACUGCCUAAUGUCACCAGGGAGGCCUGUCACCAGUGACCGUGGCUGGGGGGCCAGCAGCUGCCCAGACCUGGCUUCAGCAGUGCCAGCAUCUUGCGCUUCUGCCGGCAGUUCAGAGAAACCCUGGCUCUGGGGCUUGGGGCUUCUGGAUGGCAGAGGUGGGGGGAUGCCCUGAGAAGUUCCUUGUGCAGGGCAGGUGCUCAUAGUGGUCCAGAGGACACAGCUGGAGAGGAGGCCUGUGGCUCCGCAGUGGGGCACCUCUUGGGGGCCCCCCCAGCAGAGACGGAUACCAGUUUACCAGCAAUUCAGCACUUGGGUCUGAAGACUGACUGCAGUCCUCCACCCUCACUCCCCUACUGCCAGCUGCAGGACUUAUGCCGUGCACCUGGUCUACCUUCCUUUAACCUGUGGCCAGACCCAGAGGCGGCGCCUCCUGGAGUGGACCCCGUGGCUGUGAGCCCUGGUCCCCGCCUCUGGACUGGAGUGAGCAGUCAUGCUUGCUAAAUGUCUUUUGUGCCUUCCGCUCCAGACUCAGAACUUCCAACGCUUGCCAGAUCCUUUCCAUUUUUCCAAGGAAAGGUAAAUUGAAGCAGGGCACUUGCCUGGUGGCUCCAGGACCCGGCCCUGUAGGCAUCCAAAGAUCCCCGCACCCCAGCUCUUCCCCGGGCUCUGGGAGCCUCAUUGCCAGUUCUUCCUUCCCUCCUGCCAAGGCCUUCAAGGCUGUGGCUGUGGUUGGUUGGUGUAUCUUGCUGCCAUUUUUCUGAUGCAUUUAUUUAAAAUUUGUACUUUUUGAUAGAACCCUUGAAAGGGCUUUGUUUUCCUACCGGCUGAAUUUUUAAUAAAGCUGUUUUGUAUAU